GUACGCAGUACGGUAAACAUAUUUUUAUAAAAUUAAAAAAACACCACUUUUUUGCUGAUUGCUCUGGUUAAUCUUUAGAACAAAAACAAAUGGAUUUUGACGUUUUCAAAAGAUUUACAUAAAAUUGUUGAAAGGGACUACAGUUACAUCAGAUCCCUGUUUCGAAGAAAUAUGUUUUAACAUCAUCAAGAACGAAAAAACAAACCAUGGAGAGUAAACUGAGAAAAUGGAAAAAUAAACGCGAUAUCCUAAAGCUGUUGCAAUAUAGAGAGAACAGUGCUGAGGCUUCAAAGUUCUUCAAACAACACUCUCAAUUCACAGACAGUUUGAUUAAAAGGUUAGGGCUGGAAUAUGAACUAGAAGGCCACCAAGGUUGUGUUAAUUGCCUUCAAUGGACCCCGGAUGGAAAACAUUUGGCGUCUGGUUCAGAUGACACAAACGUUAUACUUUGGGACCCGUUUAGGCAUAGACAGUUGCAAGUCAUCCCUACACAUCAUAUUGGCAAUAUAUUUUCUGUAAAGUUUCUUGGAAGCAAUGAGAUAGCUACAGCUGCUGGAGAUUGCAGAGUCCUCGUCCAGUCGAUCCCGGGUGCUAUAGCGAAAUGCCCGCCUCUGCUCGAAUGUAGUUGUCACGUUAAUCGUGUGAAACGUUUAGCCACGUCUCCUAUCGAGCCUACACUGUUUUGGUCGGCUGCAGAGGACGGACUAGUCAUCCAAUACGAUUUAAGAGAGCAACACGAAUGCUCCCGACAGUCUCAGACGAAAGUGCUUGUGGACUUGAGCAACAAUUUCGGAGAGGUUAAGUGUAUCGCUGUGAAUCCGACGAAGCCGUAUUACAUUGCGGUGGGUGCGAACGAUUGUUACAUCAGGUUGUACGAUCGGAGAAUGCUGAAAACGUUGACGUUGGGACAGACUAGCCAAGGCGACUUCCAAAAGUCAUCGGAAAGAGAGCCGAUGGACCCCAACUGUGUUCAGUAUUACGCCGCGGGCCACCUGGCGGUGGAGAACGCCAGCAUCACCAACUUUAAGCUGGCCGCGACCUACAUAUCCUUCAAUACCGCCGGUUCGGAGAUGUUGGUCAACAUGGGCGGCGAACAGAUCUAUCUGUUCGACAUCAACAACACCAGGCACAUCAACGAGUUGCAGAUACCGCAGUUCAGCAGCGGCAGGAGGAGAAAUCCGGUUUAUAAGUGCUGCUGCCAUCCGGAGGGGAACGGGUUUGUCAGUAAAGUGAGAAGCAGCGAUUUCACGGAGGAAAACUGUGCCUGUUACUAUAUGCGACGGGCGUACAAAUGUUACAGGAGAAAGUGGACGGGAGAUUUGUACAGCGCCGCUCGUGACUACCUCUACGUCACGCAAGUCUGGCCCGACCAAAGGCAGGCCUACAUAGGCCUCGUGAAAAGCCUAAUUGCCCUGAAAUGGGCCGACGAGGCACAAAGGUGGUUGGAACAUUUCUGCUCGUCCCAUUCUGAUUACGCAAACAGUCCCCAGGUCAGAUGUUUACACGAAAGCUUAGAAUCCCUGAGAGCCUCGAACCCCCCAAAGGAAAAGGAAAGUGAAAACUCUGAACACAAGGAGAGAUUCUUGAGGAAGGUUGACGAGGCCGAGCAAAGACGAAGACUGGACUCCCGCGAUUACGAAGUGAGGUUUUUGGGGCAUUGCAAUACGACAACCGACAUUAAGGAGGCCAAUUUCUUAGGUGAAGAUGGCAACUAUAUCUGUGCGGGAUCGGAUGAAGGUAUCAUUUUCAUUUGGGAAAGGAAACACGCGUCUAUUGUGACGGCUUUAAUCGGAGACGUUUCGAUAGUCAACUGCAUACAACCCCACCCCAGUGCCUGCUUCAUAGCUUCGAGCGGAAUAGACCCAGCUGUCAAAUUAUGGUCUCCGAUGCCAGAAGAUGACAAUAUAAACACUCGAGUCGUCAAAGACAUCAACGCGGUGGUGGAGGCGAACCAGCAGCGCAUGUCGAUGGACCCCUUCGAGUCCAUGCUGGUCAACAUGGGGUACAGGAUACCCGGCAUCAACGUGGAACCCACAUUUCAGGAGGUGCCCUCCUGCCGACCCUGUUAACGGUUCCCCUUCCGUUGUGCACAAAGCAUUUGUUUUGUUUUAAUUUGCGGACUGUUCUCGGAUUUUAGCAGUUUUAGAACACCAACCAGAGGAGAUUCAGUCCCGUUGGAUAAAAUGUGACGCUAUAUUUUUUACAAACAUGAUUCCCGACUUGUAUUUUUAUUUUGGUGUUGUAUAUAAUAAAGUGAGUGUUGAUUUA